CCAGGAUUUCUCUGCUCUUUGUCCUGUGCUGACUGACAUCCGCUCCGCUGUCACUUCCUGAAUCCCAGGAUUUCUCUGCUCUUUGUCCUGUGCUGACUGACAUCCGCUCCGCUGUCACUUCCUGAAUCCCAGGAUUUCUCUGGCCAAGAAGCAGCAGGUUUGCAGUGUCGCCCCAGUGCUUGUCCAUGUGCGGUCCAGCAUGGCUGAGAAGACCCUGGAGCAGGGCUCGGUCAGCAUACCCAUGGAGGAGACCAAGCUGCACGGUGGGACCCCUCAGGAGCCAGCCCUGCUCACCCACCUGAAGAAGGUGGAGAAUCACAUCACAGAGGCCCAGCGCUUCUCCCACCUGCCCCGCCGCUCCACCGUGGACCUGGAGUUCACCGAAAUCUCCUACACCAUCCGGGAAGGUCCCUGCUGGCGAAGAAGAGGUUUCAAAGCGCUGCUCAAGUGUCUGUCAGGACGAUUCAACAGCAGAGAACUAAUAGGCAUCAUGGGGCCCUCUGGAGCGGGGAAGUCCACCCUGAUGAACAUUCUGGCUGGUUACAGGAAGACAGGGAUGAAAGGCCAGAUCCUGGUGAAUGGCCGACCAAGGGACCUGAGGACCUUCAGGAAGAUGUCCUGCUACAUCAUGCAAGAUGAUAUGCUGCUGCCACAUCUCACGGCACGGGAGGCUAUGAUGGUCUCUGCCAAUCUGAAACUGAAUGAGAGCAUACAGGUGAAAAAAGAACUUGUGGAUGAGAUCCUGACUGCUCUCGGCCUGUUGGAGUGUGCCCAGACGCGCACCAUUUCCCUGUCAGGUGGUCAGUGUAAAAGGCUGGCCAUUGCCUUAGAACUGGUCAACAAUCCUCCAGUCAUGUUCUUUGAUGAGCCCACCAGUGGCCUGGACAGUGCAUCCUGCUUCCAGGUGGUGUCCCUCAUGAAAUCUCUGGCUCAGGGAGGGCGGACGAUCAUCUGUACCAUCCACCAGCCCAGUGCCAAGCUCUUUGAGAUGUUUGAUAAGCUGUACAUCCUCAGUCAGGGCCAGUGCAUAUACAAGGGCACCGUCCCUUACCUCAUCCCUUAUCUGAAGAAUCUGGGCCUUCACUGUCCCACUUAUCACAACCCUGCUGACUUCAUCAUUGAGGUGGCCUCUGGGGAGUAUGGGGAUUUGAACCCGGUGCUGUUUGAGGCUGUCCAGGGAGGACUGUGCUCGGAGGAGGGUAAAAAGAACUCCAGGGACAAAAGUGACUCCUGUCGCUCUCAGUGUCACAGCGACACAGGAACCACUGAGAAACACAGCUUUGCCACCAGUACAUUCACACAGUUCCGCAUCCUGUUCAAAAGAACCUUCAUCACAAUAUGCAGGGACAUGGUGUUGACCCACCUCAGGGUGAUGUCCCAUCUUUGUAUCGGCGUUCUGAUUGGCCUGCUCUAUCUCAACAUUGGUAAUGAUGCCAGCAAGGUCUUCAACAACACAGGCUUCCUCUUCUUCUCCAUGCUGUUCCUCAUGUUUGCUGCCCUGAUGCCCACUGUGCUGACCUUUCCUCUGGAGAUGUCUGUCUUUGUGAGGGAACAUCUCAAUUACUGGUACAGUCUGAAGGCCUACUACUUAGCCAAGACCGUGGCUGACAUACCAUUCCAGGUGAUAUGUCCAAUCAUGUACUGCAGUAUAGUGUACUGGAUGACGGAGCAGCCUCCAGAAGCAGGUCGCUACCUGCUGUUCGUGGCCCUGUGUACAUCCACAGCCCUGGUAGCCCAGUCUCUGGGUCUGCUCAUAGGGGCUGCUUCCACCUCUCUGCAGGUGGCAACUUUUGUGGGCCCAGUCACAGCUAUACCUGUGCUGCUGUUCUCUGGCUUCUUUGUCAAUUUUGACACCAUUCCCAAGUACCUGCAGUGGAGUUCUUAUGUGUCCUACGUCAGGUAUGGCUUUGAGGGAGUGAUCCUGUCUAUCUAUGGGAUGAACCGCUCGGAGCUGGAGUGUGCCGAGCUGGUUUGUAAGUUCCAGAAGCCCGAGGAGGUGCUGCAGCUGCUGGAUGUAGAGGAUGCCAAGCUCUAUGUGGACUUCAUGGUGCUGGGAGUUUUCUUCCUGGUCCUCAGGCUCGCCACUUACCUGGUGCUGCGCUACAAAGUCAAGUCAGAGCGUUAA